CAAAGUAUGAAUAGCACAAGAAACGACAGAAAAGAAAAGAAAAGAAAAGGCUUCUGAAGUUAUGAAUAAGUUUCCAAUCAUAGAUUUUAGAAAGCUAGAGUUGAAACCAGGCAGUGAAGAAUGGAUUUCAGUGAGAGAUGAAGUCUAUAAAGCACUAGAAGAAUAUGGUAUUUUUGAGGCCAUACUUGAUGUUCCAACCCAAAGCCUAUAUGAAAAAAUACAAGAAAUUUUCAACUUCCCUUUGGCCACCAAAUUUGAGAAUUCUAAAGAAUUUACAGGCUACACUAGGGAUCUCCCUAUUAUGCCACUUUACGAGAGAAUGGCCUUUUCGCACAUCCUAAAUCCCGGUGUUAUAGAAAGCUUUUCCAAGCUCCUUUGGCCUGAUGGAGAUGCUGCAUUUUGUGAUUUGGUGCUUACUUUCGCCAAGAGAUUUAGAGAAUUUGAUGGGAUGGUGAGAAAAAUGAUUUUUGAGAAAUUGGGCAUAGAAAAAUACUGGGAUGAGCACACAAAAUCAAUAAGCUUUGCACUUAGCUUCUUCAAGUACAGAUUGCCUAAAGCUGAGGAGACAACAGUUGGAAUACCUCUCCAUACUGAUAAAAACCUAUCAACCAUUUUAAGCCAACAUCAAGUAAAUGGCCUGCAAUUUCAGAUCAAAACUGGGCGGUGGCUUGAUGUUGAAUACUCUUCGCCUGAUUCCUUCAUAUUCCUGGCUAAUGACUGUUUGAAAGUAACGCUUUCAAACGGUAGGUUGUACGCUCCAUAUCAUCGAGUGAUUAUGGGAAACCAAGAGAGGUACAGUAUGGGGUUUUGUGCAACUCUUAAAGAAGGAUAUAUCAUAAAAGUACCAGAAGAACUUGUUGAUGAAGAUCAUCCUUUGCUCUACAAGCCUUUUGAUGCUUUCAAAUUUGUUGAGUUCUGUAUCUCAGCUAAAAGUCAAGGUGUAGCUCCCACUCUCGAGAACUUUUGUGGUGUCUAAACUUUGGCGGUCAUUAGUCGGCAUGCAGUCUAUCUUGCAUUCCACAAUUUAUUAAACUAUCAUGUACAAUAAAGUAUCUGUUUGAAAGCCUUAUUUCUGAAAAACUACAUUGUACAUAAAAUAUUGGAUGGUUUUAAUGUCUUUAAUUCUUUCUUAUCGUCUUCUAGUAUAUGAUUUUGUAAUUUGGGAACCAUUUAAUUUGCUAUAUUAACGUUAGAACGUCACCAUCA